GCCUGCGCAGGAAGUCGGGCUGGCGGAAGUGGAGUGACGGACGGAAGCCACAGUUGCUAUGGAGCUCGCAGAGGACUGGCUCGUGGAGUCUUUGCGCUUGUACCAUGACUUCCAUGCGUUUGACCUCUCAGGAGCCACUCGAGUCCUUGAGUGGAUUGGUGAAAAAGGAGUCUUUGUUGCUGGUUAUGAAAGUUUGAAGAGAAAUGAAAUCCUUCAUUUGAUACUACCUCUCAGACUCUCUGUAAAGGAAAACCAGGGCUUAUACCCAGAGAGGGACUUCAGAGUGCGCCACGGAGGAUUUUCAGACAGAUCCGUCUUUGACCUAAAGCAUGUGCCAAAUACCAGGUUGCUGGUAACCAGUGGACUUCCAGGGUGUUACAUACAAGUGUGGCAAGUUAGAGAGGACAACGAUGUCAUUGAAGUUGUUAGUACCAUUGAUGUGCAGGACAAAGAGGAGAGACUCUGGCCUCGGGUGUCUGUCUUCUGCUCCAUGGCACCUGGAAUCCUCCAUGGGACGCGGCUUAGCAGCCUGAGGACUGUGGAUGUAGAAUCCCAGAAGAUCACAUACAGCUCAGGUACAACUGACAGUGAGUCCUUGAGCAGCCUUCAGGUCCUAGACACGGAUACCUUUGCUUUCUGUGGCACCUCAGGUCGGCUGGGGCUUGUGGACACCCGCCAGAAGUGGGCACCAUUGGAGACUGUCAGUCCCAGCUCUGGCUCUAGUGGAGAGAGAUGGUGUGCAGAAGUUAGGAACAAGGGCCAAGGCCCUGGGCCCUGCAUUGCCAGCCUUGGCUCAGAUGGGCAGCUCUGUCUCCUUGACCCCCGAAAUCUCUGUCGUCCUGUGAGCUCAGCCCAGUGCCCAGUGUUCAAACCCAGCCCUGACCCAGAGCUGCUGCGGGUGACCUGGGCUCCAGGCCUCGACAACUGCUUGGCUAUUUCAGGCUUUGAUGGGACGGUACAAAUCUAUGAUGUCACAUCAUGGGAUGGAAAGAAAACCCAAGCGGAGCCUGUCUUCACUCACAAAGGCCACAUCUUCCUGGAUGGAAACGAGGUUGACUCUGCUCCUCUGGUCACCACCCACACCUGGCACCCUAGCAAACCUAGAACUUUGUUAUCAGCAGCAAGUGAUGCCUCUCUGCACGUGUGGGACUGGGUGGAGGACCUCCAGGCCUCCUGAUGACAGCAGCGGCUUCCCUCGUGGGCCUCUAAAAAGAGGAGCUGCUUGAGAGGCUGAUGCGGACUCUGAGUGACCACAGCUCUACCACAGCCAUUGGCUUCAAGCAGGUUAGCCUGCCCUUCUCCUUUUCUCUUACCUGUAAAAUGAAGGUGUAGUAACUGCCAUCUAGUGCUGUGGGGAGCAUCACAAAAAAAUUACCAAGAAUAGUUGGAAGGCGCAUGGCAUGACAUGGCUGGAAGCGACCGUCGUCUCUAGGAGCCCUGCGUCUCCAGGUGUAUAGCAGUAGGCUGUGCUCCUGCCCUCACAGCAGCAUGGUGAGAAUCAGGAGAGCCGGAGUGCGAAUGUGGGUGUGAACUUUUUCACAGAAGGAAUCAAUGUCUCAGGGCCAAUAAACAUUGAGAAGAAGCAA